AUGUUAGCACGUAAUCCCGUGACACACGCGUCUGGAGCACUAGGUACACCUCACCCCUCGAGCACUACACCUCUCGAGUGCUACACCUCCCGAGCGCUACACCUCCAAGCGCUACCCCUCGAGCACUACACCUCUCGAGUGCUACACCUCCCGAGCGCUACACCUCCGAAUGCUACACCUCUCAAGUACUACACCUCCCGAGUGCUACACCUCUCGAGCACUACACCUCUCGAGUGCUACACCUCCCGAGCGCUACACCUCCCGAGCGCUACACCUCUCGAGCGCUACACCUCCAAGCGCUACCCCUCGAGCACUACACCUCUCGAGUGCUACACCUCCCGAGCGCUACACCUCCGAAUGCUACACCUCUCGAGUGCUACACCUCUCGAGCGCUACACCUCUCGAGCGCUACACCUCCCGAGCGCUACACCUCUCGAGCGCUACACCUCUCGAGCGCUACACCUCUCGAGUGCUACACCUCCCGAGCACUACACCUCCCGAGUGGCACACCUCCCGAGCGCUACACCUCUCAAGUGCUACACCUCCCGAGCGCUACACCUCUCGAGUGCUACACCUCUCGAGUGCUACACCUCUCGAGCGCUACACCUCUCGAGCGCUACACCUCCAAGCGCUACCCCUCCCGAGUGCUACACCUGCCGAGCGCUACACAUCCCGAGUGCUAUCCAUAGCCCUCAUGGAGUGCUACGCGUCAUACCAGAAUAG